UCAGCGAAAGCCCUCGCUGAUGCAGAGGUCUGGAAGGCGUGGGGCUCCGGGAGGCUGGGCAGCUGGACUAGGCAUGACCCGAGGUCGUGAGGCCGUUCCGCAGGCUUGGGACGCUCCUGAGACCCUCAGAAUCAAGCGCGGGCCACUGCAUUAGCAUGGGAGAAAUGGCAGAGAUAGGGCUUGAGGGAGGGAUGCCCGAGAUUAAAGGUAUUAAAGGUAAAUUGGUGUCGCGGCAAAACCAGCGUGGGAGCCAGGAAACGAGAGUUUCAGUCUUUCUUCGCUAAUUCCAGACAUAGCUGCAUAUCACAGGAAGAGAAGCGACCCAGCCAUUUUUCUUCGUUGUUAUCAAAAUUGGCUGCUGCUGGACGCCGUAGAUUUGUGGCGCACCAACCCUUAGCCCACGUCUCCGCGGCUUUUCACUAAGUUUGAACCCGACCCUUCGCCGUAGAGUGUGUAAUUUCUGUCUCCGAAGCUGACGUCAACCUCCGAACGAAAGCUAGGAGCGGAAGAGCGUGCGUGGAAAUGGCGCUCGGUACGUGCCCCCGACGCGACGUCUGCCGCGGGGGCGCGCUCGCACGCCGGAAGGGGCGGGGCCAGAUUUGGCUUUAUAUAGCGGACACUAAAGGCCGACUGGCCUCUACCGGCGGGAUUUGAUGGCGUGAUGUCUCACAGAAAGUUCUCCGCUCCCAGACAUGGGUCCCUCGGCUUCCUGCCUCGGAAGCGCAGCAGCAGGCAUCGUGGGAAGGUGAAGAGCUUCCCUAAGGAUGACCCGUCCAAGCCGGUCCACCUCACAGCCUUCCUGGGAUACAAGGCUGGCAUGACUCACAUCGUGCGAGAAGUCGACAGGCCAGGAUCCAAGGUGAACAAGAAGGAGGUGGUGGAGGCUGUGACCAUUGUAGAGACACCACCCAUGGUGGUUGUGGGCCUUGUGGGCUACGUGGAAACCCCUCGAGGCCUCCGGACCUUCAAGACUGUCUUCGCUGAGCACAUCAGUGAUGAAUGCAAGAGGCGUUUCUAUAAGAAUUGGCAUAAAUCUAAGAAGAAGGCCUUUACCAAGUACUGCAAGAAAUGGCAGGAUGAGGAUGGCAAGAAGCAGCUGGAGAAGGACUUCAGCAGCAUGAAGAAGUACUGCCAAGUCAUCCGUGUCAUUGCCCACACCCAGAUGCGCCUGCUUCCUCUGCGCCAGAAGAAGGCCCACCUGAUGGAGAUCCAGGUGAACGGAGGCACCGUGGCUGAGAAGCUGGACUGGGCCCGCGAGAGGCUUGAGCAGCAGGUACCUGUGAACCAAGUGUUUGGGCAGGAUGAGAUGAUCGACGUCAUCGGGGUGACCAAGGGCAAAGGCUACAAAGGGGUCACCAGUCGUUGGCACACCAAGAAGCUGCCCCGCAAGACCCACCGAGGCCUGCGCAAGGUGGCCUGUAUUGGGGCAUGGCAUCCUGCUCGUGUAGCCUUCUCUGUGGCACGCGCUGGGCAGAAAGGCUACCAUCACCGCACUGAGAUCAACAAGAAGAUCUAUAAGAUUGGCCAGGGCUACCUUAUCAAGGAUGGCAAGCUGAUCAAGAACAAUGCCUCCACUGACUAUGACCUAUCUGACAAGAGCAUCAAUCCUCUGGGUGGCUUUGUCCACUAUGGUGAAGUGACCAAUGACUUUGUCAUGCUGAAAGGCUGUGUGGUGGGAACCAAGAAGCGGGUGCUCACCCUCCGCAAGUCCUUGCUGGUGCAGACGAAGCGGCGGGCUCUGGAGAAGAUUGACCUUAAGUUCAUUGACACCACCUCCAAGUUUGGCCAUGGCCGCUUCCAGACCAUGGAGGAGAAGAAAGCAUUCAUGGUGAGCACCUCUGCCUGCCCCCCUCGCUGGGUGUGGUGGCUUGGCCAGCCGUCUGCCUUUGGCUCCAGCCGGGGUAGGGGUGGUCUUGAUGCCUUAGGCCUCUCUUGUGGCUGUGGAGACUGGCCCAGAGUCUUGGUCCCCUCUAGAGUGGGCAUCUGCUGUCACCUGCCAUCUUCUACCUCUGACCACUUCCUCUCUCCCCACAGGGACCACUCAAGAAAGACCGAAUUGCAAAGGAAGAAGGAGCUUAAUGCCAGGAACAGAUUUUGCAGUUGGUGGGGUCUCAAUAAAAGUUAUUUUCCACUGACAUCUUGCCUCUUUCUUCAGGAGAGAGGCUGGGACUGGGGAGGCAGAUGGGGGCCCUUGAGGUGCCUUGUCUUCCCCAAGGCCACUGCCCUCCUUUCUGUAGCUUCGCUGGGUUUGCCCUCUGGCCUCCCACUCUGUCCCCCACCCUCAGUUCCUGGAGGGAGGUGAAAACUGGGCCUGGUU